AUGCAGGACGUGCGAAAGGAGGACGCGCUUCUGCUCGGGUCCGUGGGGCAAGAUCUCUUUCGUACGAUCUCAAGCAUGACGAGCACGGAGUUCAGGAAACGAGCCAACAACGAGAUCAACAACGCCAAGGAAUUGGGACUUGGUGCGCUUGGAAAAGGAGAGCGAAGGUACAUCGAGGCCGUGCAAACGGGGAUGCAAGUCCUGUGGGGGCGUCGUCUGUAA